CAACGCUGUUGUUAUGCCUGCUGGGGUGAACGAUAAUGAUUAGUUAAACGUUGCUUUACCCUGAUCUGUCCCGCAUUUCUUUGACCGAUCCAUGCUUAUGCUAUUGGGUUUAUCGGGAGCUGUGCCAGCACUCAGCAACUAAUUUCGACGGUCCUCAAAAUGUCUGGGGCCGCCGGUGGAGGGGCGUCUUCUUGCAUUGGCGCAGCCGCUGCGAGUUGUAGCUCAGCCGGUUCCUCCUCUGGCCCAGCAGGCACAGGCGGAGGAAUCGCAGGCAGGCUACCAAGUCGAGUUCUAGAGCACAUCUUUUCUUAUUUGGAUUUACCAGACCUAAUGAGGUGCUCUCUAGUGUGCUGGCACUGGAACAACUGUCUAGCUGAUGAGAAUAGCGAGGUGUGGCGGAGCCUGUGUAGCCGUGUCCUCAGCGAGGAAGCUCUGCGCUCUGACAUACUUUGUAACCUGUCAACGUACAAGGCAAAGCUAAAGUCCUUUCAGCAUGCCCUGAGCUCUCAUGACUGCUCCCGUAAUGUUUACGUCAAGAAGAACGGCUUUACUUUGCACCGCAACCCUAUUGCCCAGAGCACUGAUGGUGCCCGUGGCAAGAUUGGCUUUACUGAGGGUCGUCACGCCUGGGAGAUCUGGUGGGAGGGACCCCUUGGGACUGUGGCUGUGAUUGGCAUAGCAACCAAGAGGGCACCCAUGCAGUGCCAAGGUUAUGUGGCACUUCUAGGAAGCGAUGACCAGAGCUGGGGCUGGAACCUGGUGGAUAACAACCUACUUCACAAUGGGGAGGUUAAUGGCAACUUCCCACAAUGCAACAAUGCGCCCAAGUACCAGAUUGGAGAGAGAAUCCGUGUGAUCCUUGACAUGGACGAUAAAACUUUGGCUUUCGAGCGGGGCUUCGAAUUCCUUGGAGUGGCGUUCCGGGGCCUUCCCAAAGCCUGCCUCUUCCCGGCUGUCUCAGCUGUCUACGGCAACACAGAAGUGACAAUGGUGUACCUGGGCAAGCCCCUGGAUGGGUGAACAGGUGCAAGUAAAGUGCCAUAAUGAGGAAGGCAGAAGAGUGCCAAGAGCACGGGUGGCAUAGAGGUGGACUCUUUUAACAUUCCACUGCAGGAGUGAGAGCCAAGCUGGGUGUGCUGGGAUUGGUGGAGGAUUAAAGGGGGGGGGGGGUAAAAAGGAGGCUGACUCUCACCAGUACUUAUCAGCGGAAUCACUAUGUUUAUACGCCGUAAAUGUUUCUCUCAUUGACGGCCCAGGACGUUGUAUUUUUAUUUCAUUUUAAUCUAAUUUAUGAAGUAACAUUGCAAAAGCCGGUAAAUGUAAAUUGUAAGUAAGCCAAGCCAGACUGGUCAUGUGGCAAAUUUUAUAGUGUAAUAUAUCUGA